AUACUUCCGUGUAGUCACAGCUUCUCUCAAGCGUGACUCAUUAUUGUGUUAAAAUGGCUAAAGUAAAAGACAAACGACGAGAAAAAAUCAGCGUCGCCACUGAGAUUGACCGUCUGGAGGAUCGGCGGGCCCGUUGCCAGGACAACUUGGAGAGGGCGGAGUACAGGAGCAGAAAGGAGAAGCUCUCUGAGAAAGAGAGGCAGGAACUGGAUGAUGAAAUGGCAAUUAUGAGUGAGAGGGUUGAAAAGUUAGACAAGGAGCUGCAGAUGUUAAGAGGAGAGAACCGGAGGAACAUGCUGCUGUCAGUGGCUCUGCUGGCUGUCAGCACUCUCUUCUACUAUGUCUUCAUCUACAGUGAAGAGUAGACUCAUGAUACCAGCAUCUCAAAGGGACUGCUCUUUAAGGAGCUCGGGACAGGCGUGUCAUUAGGCAUGUCAUUAGAGAAGUGGUCAGAUCAGGACUGUGCACAUGCAGCAGCACAUGAAACACCUGAUGUGUGUGUUGAGGAAGUUCCUCAGCCCUCCCUCUAGAUGGCAUCUUUGUCAUUUUCAUGAUCUUUUUUGUAGUUCUGCUGGGUUUAUCCAGCACAAUGCUCAAACCCAACAAAGUUACUUAUUGCAAGUCAAAACGCCACCUGUCAGUAUCCUCUUGUCAUCACACAGUUAUGUGAGCAAACACCAGAAAGAUGCUGUAUUGUGUCAGUAGCACUGUGUUUUGAUAGUUUGUGUUAAUACUAAACUAUCAGGUGACAAUAUUGAAUAUUCAGUGUGUGCCUUGCCUCUUUGUCACCUCAUGAUAAUCCUAACCUACUUAAAGCUGCAACUGACACAGGAUCGUAUAACCAGCGAUUCAGUACAUUUUGUAACACAUACAUGUAUGAGGUUAUAUCAAGGCGAAGCGAGUUAGCAUCUUUUGUUUCGCUUGCUUCACAUCUUGUAUUUUCACUGCUGUAUAAAGACUUUACUUUAUAAAAUGACGUUGACAUAAGGAAGCAUGUAUAUAAAUAAAAUGUUUUUCACAUAAAUAACCAACAAA